AUGAGGUUUGACAGUAAAGCAGCUUGUCACAAACAACAGGAAUACGUCAACUACGGCAUGUUCCAUUUCGACUUCCAGUCCGGCGAUCAGUUUCCUGCGCUCUUGGAGUUGGCCUUGAGGCAGGGCGAGUUUGCGUUGACAGAGCAAAACUGCAACUUGUGGGCGCGCACAACGUCCUGGGAACGCCUGGAACGCUUAGAUCUCCCCAACGGCACGUCGCCUCAAUUCAUCGCCUCCCUCACCAACCGCGCCAUCAAUAUCAAAUACCUCAGAUUUCACAUUAGUACGACGAACUUCAUGAUCAGGAGACAAUAUCGCCCAUACAGGGGUGGAGACUGGCUCAACGCCGGCGUUGACACUAUGUCUAUCAUAACAAGGUUUCUAGCUUCGAUCAAAUCUCUCCACACCCUUGACUUCGCGUACGAAGACAACGAGACCCUAACGAGAUAUCUACGCUUCAUGUUGCAGAGUCUUCAUGGAAGUUUGAGGAGCUUGACCAUAUCUGACAUGGGUGGUUACGAUUACUUUCCCAUGGACCCCUUACCAUCCGGAAAGCCGUAUUGGGAUCCGGGGCAAUACCGAGAGGUGCUUGAGCUGGCACCCGGCUUGGAGCAUUUUGAUGCGUGCAUUGGUACGAGAGACAGUGUUGUGGGGGAUUGGGAAGGCAAGGAUCGCUAUGCAGAUGUAGAGAAGAAGUGGAGGACCGCGAAAAAGACCAUCACCGCUCCACCAAGGGGGAAAAUACAGCGGGCCAAGAGAGCGCUAAAGUUGAUUGUGUAG